GUGUUGUCAAAGUAGAACACUCCAUGGUAGUGUUGUCAAAGCGGAACACUCCAUGGUCGUGUUGUAAAACGUGUUCGCUCCAUGGUCGUGUUGUCAAGAUGGAACAGACCAAGGUCGUGUUGUCAAGGUGGAACACUCCAUGGUCACGUUGUCAAAGUGGAACACUCCAUGGUCAUGUUGUCAAGUUGGAACACUCCAUGGUCGUGUUGUCAAGGUGGAACACUCCAUGGUCACGUUGUCAAGGUGGAACACUCCAUGGUCACGUUGUCAAGGUGGAACACUCCAUGGUCACGUUGUCAAGGUGGAACACUCCAUGGUCACGUUGUCAAGGUGGAACACUCCAUGGUCACGUUGUCAAGGUGGAACACUCCAUGGUCACGUUGUCAAGGUGGAACAGACCAAGGUCAUGUUGUGAAGGUGGAACAUGCCAUGGUCGUGUUGUCAAGAUGGCACACUCUAGGGUCGUGUUGUGAAACGUGUUCACUCGAUUGUCAUGUUGUCAAGUUGGAACAGGCCGAGGUCGUGUUGUGAAGGUGGAACAGACCAAGGUCAUGUUGUGAAGGUUGAACAGACCUAGGUCAUGUUGUCAAGAUGAAACCCUCUAGGGUCUUGUUGUCAAGGUGGAACACUCCAUGGUCGCAUUGUCAAGGUGGAACAGACCAAGGUCAUGUUGUGAAGGUUGAACAGACCUAGGUCAUGUUGUCAAGAUGAAACCCUCUAGGGUCGUGUUGUCAAGGUGGAACCCUCCAUGGUCAUGUUGUCAAGGUGGAACAGGCCCAGGUAGUGUAUGAAGGUGGAACAGACGUAGGUCAUGUUGUCAAGGUGAAACACUCCAUGGUCGCGUUGUGAAGGUGGAACAGACCAAGGUCAUGUUGUGAAGGUGGAACAGACCUAGGUCAUGUUGUCAAGAUGGAGCACUCUAUGGUCGUGUUGUGAAACCUGUUCACUCCAUGGUCAUGUUGUCAAGGUGAAACAGAGACCUAGGUCAUGUUGUGAACAGACCUACGUUAUGUUGUCAAGAUUGAACACUCUAUGGUCCUGUUGUCAAGGUGGAACACUCCAUGGUCACGUUGUCAAGGUGGAACAUGCCAUGGUU